CCCACACCACAUUUCCUUCAUCAAAGCCGAAGCAAAACCGAGAACAUUUAAACCCUAUUGUCGUUUGGAGGGAUCUUUCACCCCUACUCACUCUCGUUUGUGAUCUCCAUCUACGGCCUCUUCAUUUUUCUAGGGUGUUUCAUGUUAUCGAUCUCUAUCCGUUCCCCUUUGAUGGUUUUGAAGUUUUGAUUUCUAGUCUGGAAGUGAUGCAGGCUGCAAGACGGCUCUCCUUUUUAUCUAAGGACCCUUCCUUUUCUGAUUCUAAGAAGAAGGUGUUCUACAAAAUAACAACUGCAGUAUGUGAAUCAAAUAUCCGGUGCAGUAGGGCUUUUUCUGCAUCUGCCCCUUCUGGUGCAUCAAAACGUGAAAGCAAUUGUAAACGGGUACCACUAGAUGAAAGGAGAUGGAUGGUGGAAGCUUUUGUUGAAAAUUACAAGACGUUGAAUGGAGGAAAAUUUCCUACUAUUACUGAAAUUCGUAAGCAAAUGGGAGGUUCUCACUACACUAUUAGGAGGUUGGUGCAGGAACUAGACCACAAAUCUAAAACCUCCCAUGUCAGCGAGGCAGACCAGCAUUUAUUGCAAACCAAAGUUCCUAAGAAAGAAGAUCAAGGUUUUACAAAGGUUGAAGAGAUCACAAACACAGAACCAGCAGUGGAUCUGAAGAGCCAUGAACUGAGCUCAACAGCUAAGGAGGAGCCUUCAACAAUCAUCAUUACAAAUGAUGUAGAAGCAAAAGUAAAGCCUGAAGUUUGCCAUCGUGCUGAGAAACCUUUGACUGGAGAGGCUGCAGAGGUCAAGUGUUCAACCGUAAUCAUUAGCAGUGAUUUAGAGGCAAAAGAAAAGCCACAGAUUCCCAAUUAUGUGGAGAACUCCUUGAGUGGAGAGACUGUAAAACCUUGUGAUAGUGCAAAAGAAGCAGCUAAGUCUGAAAAUGGUUUGAAAGAAGAGGUCAUGCAUGGUUCAGAUGGUUCGGAAGAAAAGGCCAAGUCUUCGACCAUAAUCAUUAGCAGUGAUUUAGAAGCAAAAGAAAAGCCACAGAUUCCCGCUUAUGCCGAGAACUCCUUGAGUGGAGAGACUGCAAAACCUUGUGAUAGUGCUAAAGAAGCAGCUAUGUCUGAAAUAUCUUUGGGUAUUAAUGGCUUGAAAGAAGAGGUCGUGCAUGGUUCAGAAGAAAAGGUCAAGUCUUCAACAAUCAUCAUUAGCAAUGACGUAGAAGCAAAAGAAAAACCACAGGUUCCCACUGAUGUUGAGAACUCCCUGAGUGGAGAGACUGCAAAACCAUGUGACGCUGGUAAAGAAGCAGCUAACUCUGAAGGCUUGUUGAGUUCAGAUGGUUCAGUAGGAGUCGCUCAAGAAGACCUGGAAGGAGAUAAGCUUUCGAGAAACAUAUUAAGCAAGGAGUCGAAGGAAGAUCCUGUACCAGUGGUACCAAAUAUUUGGGGAAAGCUGAGGUCCUUUGCUGGUGAUGUCAUUAAAUUGUGGAGAAAGCUGUAAAUUGCUUCAAGGUUUAUCAGAAGUUACAAACAACUAUCUGCAGGAGAAUGUGUAUAAAUUAGGAAUAAGUCCCUCAAAUAUUCGGCGGAACUCGGCAGGCCUAAUAGAAAGAAAAAGGAAAUUGAGGUAGUAACUUUGUAGGUAUCUUUUGUGAAGAUUCAACUCUUGAUCAGUACUUAGAUUAUACUAAUCAACACUUGAUCAACAAUGUAGAAAAUGAUAGUUCAGUGAUCCAAUAGGUAGAAAAUAUGAAAGCCAUUUUUUGAAAAUAUGUUGAGAUGAUAGUUCAGUUUAUCUAUCUAAUCUAGUUUGCUAUUGUAACCCAAAAUUUGAUCCUUCGCCAAAAUUUAAACGUUUCUGUUAAUUAAAGCUUUCUUUUGUUUUUCUUCUUUUA